AUGACAAAAUCAAUUCGCAAAAACAGCCACACCAAAUGGAAUAUCAUAAAAGCACCCAAUAUGAUCAUUGAUAAAGAUUUCAAAAAUCCAAAAUCCUUGACUCGAUGGGUGGCGACGUGUAACAAAACAACUCUAUUGUUUCCAAGUGCGUACGCAUUGCCAGACGACAUCCGGGGAAAACACUCAAUCCAACACUACCUCAUUGACGACGACGACUUUUUAGCAAUCAAAUACAUGACAGAAGACACACCGGGAUUCAAGUGGACAGAAGAGUCCGUUCAGAACUUUGCUACUCUUGAAAACUUCAUUAAAUUCGUCGCAACGAUUCCCGGGAAUGAUCAAAAGAAGAAAAUAUACGUGCGCACAAUUCCAGCUCUCCCAAUGGGUGACUUUGGAGCAACUGAUGUACGAGUAUUUAUUGAUGAAGUAGCAAUGGUUAUCCCACUUUUGAGAGAACAACAGGGAGAUACGUUCAAUAAGCCACAUGAACACUGUGAUAAAAUCCAGGAGAAAUUGAAGUUAGCUGACCAAGGCUAUUACGCUACCAUUCCACUGGAAAAGUUCGAGAAGUUGCUUGAGGUGUACGAUAUUGACAAAUCAUUGGUUACGCUAGUCGAUGACCCAAACUGGUUGAUGGGAUGCGUAUCGUUUGUAAACACUGGUGUCCACUUCAAAAUGCUCAGUGUUAGCGGGGAUGUGAUCUGUAGCAAGGAACAAGCGGCACUUUAUAUGUUCCAGACUUUGGUCUGCGGUGUGGAUUGGCAUGGUGUCGAGUUUGCCGCCAGACUGGAAAUUUUGCAAACAAUCUAUGCAUUUGCAAACUGCCAAAAAGGUCUUUACGUUAUGUACGACCCAGUUGUGAAACUCAUCGUCGAUUCGAAAAGAAAACAUGCAGAAAUCUAUAAGAAUAAAGGAUCAAAACUCAAUGUAAUGUUUUACAACGAAUCACCAGUCACUUUGGUUGACCACAGCGACUAUGAGAUUCUCUCCGACAUGUUUGGGUUGCCACUCUACACAGCCAAAGACGUCAAUCUGGCCCCAUACCGUGUUUGGUUUUUGAGAGCUCUGCUCAUGCUUGGAUGGAUCCAUGGCUGUGUACAAAAUGACGUCUACUUGGAGAUGUACCUUCCUGAUAUUGCGAGAGCCACCAUGGUUGCUCUCAUGCCAGCAAUUCCAGAGGGACAACGUCAGUUGAUAAAGGACAUUACGAAUGAAGUUAUCUUUAUGGAAACGGAUCUGGUCACUUUCGAUGCAGAUCAAGUCAAAGUUUCUCUCCGCAAGGCCGAUCGACGCAAGUGA